UUAUAACAGCAGCAAACACCCUGCGCGUUUCGAUUCGAUUGGUUCUUGAAAUGGUAAAAUGCGGCUGGGCCGUCGAAAAAAUUGAGAAAAAUAAAUCGCGUCUAGUGUCGGACGCGAACGAAAUCGCCGUGAAAAUACCUAGUUAAAUGUGUGUGUGUGUUCGAAACUUUCGCCCGAAAAGGAUCUGCAAUCGAAGCGGAAGGGAAAACGCAGCACAAGACAUCCUUGCCCACGCAGGAUAGCUGUGUGAAGCAAACGCGGCGAUAGGCUAAGAAGGAGGGGGGAGCACAAACAGGAUAAGCAGCAGCACCAACACCAGCCGAAGAAGAAGCAGAAGGCGGAGCCGCAUCUGCCGCAGUCAAAACAAGAGAGGAAAUGCAACAAAAGCGAGAUACAAGUGCAUUCAGCUGGGGCAAAUGUGAAAUGUGAACGAUGUUGCAACGUCGCGCUGCUUGCAUCGCCAAGUAAAAGCAUAAUCACAAGCAGAAGCAGAAGAAAAGCAAAACCAAAGCAAAGCAAAGCCAGAACAAACAAAAUACACAAAGUGAGAGAGGCGAGAAAGAGAGAGGGAGUGUUUGGUGUAUCUGUGUGCAGUGCGUUCGCGUGUGCGUUUCUGUGUGUGUGUGUGUGUGUCCGUGUUACUUUGCUCACAACAAAUUAUCGUUUAAUUUGCUUCGAUUUUGCAACAACAACAAGCAGUGCGAAAGGGGAUGUCCUUUCCACCACCGCCACCAGCACUAUCACCACCCCCCGCUCCCUAAGGUCAUAGGUCACCAGCCAGGAGCCAACCGAGAAGCGGCUUAAGUGAAAGGCAGACACACAGAGCCAGCAGAGGCAGAAGCCAACGAACCCGCUUCUGGGAGCAGACAGUCAGACAGGCAAACGGAUUACGCACAUCCUGCAGAGCAGCCAGCAACCAGCAGCCAGCAGCCAAGCCACAAUGUCUAAGCACACGGACAACGAUAAUCUGCGCAAUGACAUCUACGAAAAUCUGCCCUGUCAGGCGAUGUACAACGAUUCGGUGCGCAAGAUGCAGCAGCAGAAGUCAUCGACGCAGACAGCCAGCAGCAACCACAACCCCAAUGCCAACUCCAUUGGCAACUGCGACUCCACGCCGGCAAUCAACAAGAAUCAUCCGCCGCCAACAACAACAGUCAACAACCUGCCCAAGGAGAUGCUGUAUGCCACACCGCUGCGAAAGUCCGAUCGCUACAAGAGCGGCGACAGGACUCGCCACGUGGCCACUGGGAAUGCGGAGACGAAGCUGUCCAACUACCGGGACUCGAAUCGAUUAGCCAGUGCUCGCAACGGAAAUCCCGUUCAGGUCACCGAUCUAGAUGCGGACGAGGACGACGGCCAGGGCGAUGGUGUAGAUGGCUGUGCCUCCACCAGCGCCCUAGUCGGCGGCUCCAAGUACAGCAAUCAGCCAUCAGUUGGCACAGCCAAUCAGCAUCUUGAGGAUCGGCGCAUUCUCAACUUCCUCAAGGACACCACGCAGCUGCAGAAGAAGCUGGAGAUCACCGGACGCGACUGUCCCAACGCCAGUUUUUCAAACCUGGCACGUGAGGAGCACUUCGCCAAUCUGGUGCAGCAAAACUUUCCCCAGGAUGUCGCCACUCACCACUCAAAUGGUGAAACCAAUGGCGGUUCAGCGCCAGAGGAGGAUGGCCAAGAGGCAGCUGGUGGAUUGAAGACCCAGCCAACUGAGGAUACCGAUGGCAACCUGGAGGCACUGAUGCAACGCAAGGUUUCCCCGGACAAGGAGGUCAAUGGACUGGUUCACGGUGCAGGCCUGGAGCCAAACAAUCGCAUCGUGAGCACUGUUUACAUCCAUCGCGAGUGGGUGCUAAAGAAGAUUGCCCUUUGCCUGGAGCAACGAACGGCGGGAAAGAAGGCAGGAGCCGUGGCUCUGGGAGGAGCAGCUUCCUCCAGCUACGUAUCCGCCAGGGCCAAGGCGGCGGCUAUAUCGAGCUCUAGCUACAAUGGCUGCCUAGUGCUUGGUUCCAAUGGCUCCGGCAAGACCUCCAUUUGCCAGGCCAUCAUGAAGGGCAACUCGGGAACCAAGGGCAUACUCAACCGUAAGCUGCUGGCCUGCUACCUCAUCGAGUCCCAGAAUCCGGAGUGCCACAGCCUGUCGCUUUUUAUGCGAAAGAUCGUGCUGCAGCUGCUCAGCCAUGCCUCGUUGAUCAGCCGGGAUGAGAGCCAGCGGAUCAUCGACGAAGGAUUCUCCUUUCUGCGCGACGAAGCCCAGCAGCAAGAGUUCAAGCUGGACGAGGCCAUGAACAACAUCAGUCUGAGUGAGAAUGCCGAGGAGCUGCUGAUCGAGGAGCUCAAGAGGGGAGCCAGCGAGUGCGACACCAAGGAGCUGGACAACUUCCAGUCGCAGCGCACCUCCACAGUCAACAAGGCAGCCAGGACGAGCCUGACGCGCCAGCAGUCGGAGCCGGCUCCGUUGCAGGUCGUGGAUGCAGUGAAUCCGGACGAGAAGACUGGCUUACUGCCAUACGGCACACAUCCACCGAAAAGGGCCUCCCGGGAACGAGGUGAUGCAGCUGAUGCCGAGCAGGACAAGGACAUGGGCAGCGAAAAGGAGCAGAAGCAAUCUCAGGAACCCAAGGAGACGCCCAAGUCGAGUCCGGCGAAGAGCAAGUCAAAGAUUCCCGUCAAGCGGGGUCGUUCUGGCAGCGGUGUGUUAUCGCCCUCUAAGCUGGCCACCAUCAGCAAUGGUGGCCAGUCCAUUCAGCAAGGUGGUGGCGAGGAUAUAGCCGAUCUCAAUACUGACCAAGAGAAGCAUGAAAUCGAAGCGGCCAUCAAGGAUGACAAGGUGGAGGAACCACAAUGCAACAACGAAGACAAGGAGGAAGACAAGCCCGAAGCGGACAAGGAACUGAAUGACCUACUUAAAGAGGAGUUGGAUAAAUCCAGUCAGGAGCCCAAGGAAGAGGAGACCAAGGAAGAAGCUACAGCGGAUUCCAGUGCGGAACCCCUUAUUGAUUUCUCAGAGGCCAAAGUUAAUGGCAAACAGGAGGAACAGGAGGAACCACAGCUGAUACCACCUGUUCCCGGAGAGAAGCCCAGAAUGAGCACCAACACCCUGCCCCCACCACUGCCUAAAACAAAGAGCUGUCGUACCAUCAUAGCGGAUGGCUAUUACGAACUGCUGCUAUCCAAUCCGGAGAUCCUUGAGUGCCUCAAUGUGGACAACAUCGAAAAGAAUCCGGAUGAGUGCUUCAAAAAGGCCUUCUUGUUUCCCCUGCUGGAACUCACUCCUCCAAAGACGGCAUUACUGCUGCUGAUUGAUUCCAUCGACGAGAACUACAUCAACGAGGGCAACCUCAUCUCCACCUUAAAGGGCGGAAGGGGCACUGUCACCAACCACAAGAGUCGUAAUGUGGCCGAGCUGCUGUCAAAUCACAUCCACCUGUUUCCCAAAUGGCUAUUCCUUGUGUGCACCACCAAGAAGCAGACCAAGCAGAUCACCAAGAUGUUCACUGGUUUCAAGAAAAUCACGCUGGAUGAUCUGCGCAAGUCCCACGUCGUCAAGGACGUCCAGGAGUACAUCAUCAACCGCCUGAAUUCCGACUUCAAGGAUAGCAUUAUGCUGACCAAGGAGAUAAUCGAGUCGCUUCACCAGCUUUACAUCAAGUCGAAUGGCUGCAUCCUUUAUCUGGAGAAGGUCCUUCACGGCAUCAAGGAUAACUUCUUCAGUUUCCGGGAGAUAAAGCUGAUCCCCUGCACUCUGAACGGCCUGUACUUGUACAUCUGCCAGAAGUCCUUCAACAAGAAGCAGUAUAUGAAGAUCCGACCUCUGCUAAAUGUCCUGCUAGCUUCCUCCGGCUACGUGGACAAGCUCUUCCUGUUCAACUGCCUGCGCACCCACAACUACACGAUCGAUUGCCAGGAGUUCGAGAAGCGAUUGCAGCUGAUGCGCAACAUUCUGGCCUACGAUUCUAAUGCCCAGCGCCUGAAGAUCUUCCACAACUCCUUUGCCGAUUGGCUGGUGGACGUCAAGUUCGCCACGAAGAAAUUCAUCUGCGAUGUGAACGAGGGUCAUGUGAUGAUCUCCAUGUACUACCUACUAGUUGCGGAUACCCUCUGUGCGAACACAGUUCGAAGAUUUGCCUACCAUCUCAUUAGAUCGGGGGAGUAUCUCACCAGUCGGCACGUGGACCUGGAUCUUAUUCUGAUGUUGCUGGAAUCGAGGCUCAAUUUAAGUGACUGCUUCUACACGAACCAGAUGAACUGUUGUGCCCAGUGCGAGCACGAUUUCAAGUACGACGUCAAUUUCCUGCCCAAGACGAGGGCCAUGUUGGAGCGCUUCUUGGCCAGCGAGCUGAGCGAACCCUUCGCCCAGUUCCUGUGCGAUUUCUUUAAGCCCAGCCUGCCCACAGACGCCAAGAUGCUGAAGCUGCUCAUUGAGACGGGCAUCAACAAUGCCGAAUCCCAGAACUCCUGCGAGUCGUCGCUUAUGUCGCCGGAACUCUCUGAGAAAUCGCAAAACAUUGACUUCGAACUGGCGGAUCUGCUGUUGUCCAGCGAGAAGAGUUGCCUGAUGGAGACCCAGCGCGCUGGCAGUCCCUCGGAGCACAGUGAGCCACCAGCCGAGAGUCAGGAUGAGAAUGCCUCGAGCACGUUGCACCAGCUCUCCGAUUCGCAUCACAUUGAGCUGCACAAGGGCAAGGCUCUGAUCCACAUCCUGGCCAACGAUGGCAAUCAUCAGCUGCUGGAGAGGGCCCUCAAUGCCUGCAAGAGUCCAAUCGAUCUGGAGAUUGAGGACUACAAUGGUCAGACUGCCCUGAAUAUCGCCGCGCGGAACGGACACCUCGAUGUGGUCAAACUGCUCCUAAGCUUCUCCCAGCCCUGCAACGAUGGAACUGGUCGGAUGAAGCGGGUGGAUGUCAACCAUGCCGAUCGCGAUGGUUGGACUCCACUGAGAUCCGCCUCCUGGGGUGGACACAGUGAGGUGGUGCGUCUACUCAUCGCUCAACCAGCCUGUAAGAUUGAUCUUGCGGACAAGGAGGGGCGCACCGCCUUAAGGGCCGCCGCCUGGAGUGGACACGAGGAUAUCCUCAAGCUGCUGAUUGAGUCGGGAGCUGAUGUAAACUCAGUGGACCGGCAGGGGCGCACUUCUCUGAUUGCUGCCUCCUACAUGGGUCACUAUGACAUCGUGGAAAUUCUGCUGGAAAACGGUGCUAAUGUCAAUCACUUGGACCUUGAUGGACGCAGUGCUCUGUGCGUAGCCGCCCUGUGCGGAUCCUCAGGAUAUAGCAAGGUUAUAUCCACGCUGCUGGAUCAUGGCGCCAAUACGGAUCAGUUGGACAACGAUGGCAUGUCGCCACUUCUAGUCAGCUCCUUCGAGGGCAACGCCGAAGUGUGCGAGCUGCUUCUGGAGAACGCCGCAGAUCCGGAUCUCGCCGAUUUCAUGGGUCGCACUCCACUGUGGGCAGCCUGUACCGCAGGACACGCCACCGUGGUGAAGUUGUUGCUCUUCUGGGGCUGCGGAAUUGAUUGCAUGGACUCCGAGGGACGAACGGUGCUAAGCAUUGGCGCCGCCCAGGGAAAUGUGGAGACGGUAAGGCAACUGCUCGAUCGGGGACUGGAUGAAACGCAUCGGGAUAAUGCCGGAUGGACACCACUGCAUUAUGCCGCCUUUGAGGGAUUCCACGAGGUGUGCAUGCAACUGCUGGAGUCGGGAGCCAAAAUAGACGAGUGCGACAACGAGGGCAAGACCGCCUUGCACUUGGCCGCUCAGGAGGGACGUCUCCAUUGCGUUCAGGCUCUGCUGGACAUCCACUCUAGUUUUGUGGACCAAAAGGCCCACGAUGGAAAGACUGCCUUCCGGCUGGCUUGCCUGGAGGGCCACAUGGACACGGUGGAGUUUCUGCUGAAGUUCUGCUGCGAUGUGAACUCCAAGGACGCGGACUCGCGCACCACCCUCUACAUUCUAGCGCUGGAAAACAAACUGGACAUUGUCAAAUUCCUGCUGGACAUGACCAACGUGGAUGUCAACAUUCCUGACAGCGAGGGCCGGACGGCUCUGCAUGUGGCCGCCUGGCAGGGACAUGCUGACAUGGUCAAGACUCUGAUCGAGGCUGGAGCGGAUGUGAACUCCAUGGACCUGGAGGCCCGUACGCCAUUGCACUCGUGUGCCUGGCAAGGAAACCACGACGUGAUGAACAUCCUCCUGUACUACGGUGCUCUGGCUGAUCAUGCCUGCAAGCAGGGAGCCACUGCCUUGGGUAUAUCGGCCCAGGAGGGACACGAGAAGUGUGUCAUUGCCCUGCUCCAGUUCGGAGCUAAUCCCUACAAGUCAGACCACUGCGGACGCACGCCCAUUAAGCUGGCAGCCAAGUCAAGUCGCACCAGCAUCCUGAAAAUCUUCGAGAGCUACACCAAAAAUGAAGCUAGCAAUCCCAACGAAUCCAAGUUCCAUGCCCAUGCCAGCAUGCUGAGAUCUCCGGAUCAGCCACCGGCUCUGCCACUUCACCAGAACCUGGCCCCGUAUCCGGCUCAUGCCUCCGCUUCGUCUGUUUGCUCGGCAGCCACCACGGCCACCGUGCACAAUGGCAGCCACCUGCACGUACUCAAUGCCUCCAGUUCCACGCACAGCUCGAACAACUUCUAUCAGAACACCAUGCAGUCGGACACGAGCAGUUUGCAUAAGCGCAAGAGCGUCAUCUCUAGUCAGUCCACGGGCAGCAGCAAUGAUCAAGCGCCGCUUACCUUCACACAGCAAUUGCAGCGACAAAGCAAACUCAGCUCACGCAAUAAUCUGAUGGUCAACUCGAAGCACGCUUCUAGUUCGGGAGCAGCAGGACACAAGUCCAGUGGUGGAGGCGGAGGUGCUCAGCGGCACUCUCAGGUUCUGCCCGAUCUCAGCGAGCAUCAGCUUGCAUCCAACAUGACCAACGAGGCGGACAUGUACGACAUGGAGUGCAUGUCGCCGCUGUACGCCACGCCCCCUCACUCGCCCAGCAGCGAAUUGAGUUCACCCGGCCAACUUCCGGGUCUGAAUGCCUUCGUGGACGAUGAGAGGGCCGGAACCAGCAGUGGCGGAGGUGCCAAGCUGCCGGAUAAUCAUUUCGCGCGAGACACGCACAUGCGUAUUAUUCUGGGCAACCUCAAGGAAAACCAGCCCAGUUCCUCGGGCAAAAGCAAGCGCAGCGGAGUAUCCAGCAAUCCGGCAAUGCGGCUCAUCCGCAGUCGCUUUGAUGCCGCCUCCCAGUUGAUCCGGCGCACCAACAACAUACUCUCUUCCAGCAGCAAUCAGGGCUCCUCCAGCAUUGGCGUCAAGUCGGGCACCUUCCAGUGGCGCAAGGAGAGUCAAAUGUAAACGCAGCGGAUACCAUAUUAAUGUGCUCCCCGAAAACUCACACCUUUUGGCACCAAAACAUCCACUUGCAUACUCAACCCUUAAAUCGUAACUUAUUUGAGUUUAUAUACCUUAGUACUUUUGAUAAAGUAUUUGUUUUUUGUGAUAGUUUCAAUUUUAGUAAACUUUUUAAUAUGUUCUGAUUUAACUAAAUAUAUUUAGGCAUACUACCCAUACGAAGUAGUUUAAGGCAUGCGCCAGGUAUUAAGCUAAAACCCCAUAUAUAGAAUACUUCAUUACAUUUUUGGCAUGCGAAGUGUAGCACAUUCUUCUUCAAUGUAGCAAAAACUAACGAAAUUUAAAUAGAUCACGACACGAAUGUAUACUUAAGAGAGCUCAGACCACAGCACUGUUCUCAGAAUUAAUUUUAAAGUAUUUAUUAAAUCACCUUGCGUAAGACA